GCUGCAGGGUGACUCAGGGCGGAAGGCCCGUAAGAUGCUGAUGAGAAAUGGCGAGGAGGCUGUUAUGCAAUGUCUCCGCCUCCUCCCGUCCUGUGCGUGCAGCCUGGCCGGGCUCCCAGCUCACUCACAAGCUCCAGGAAGCCGCGUCUAUGUGUCAGCAGCCUCCUGCCGCCCUGUGCCCGGAGCAUGUGCCUGUGACUGAGGGGAGAGGACACCUGCCGCCGCCGCCGCCCGCUCAGUGCUGGACCCAUCAUUUGAACUUUGUCUCGAAGCUCCAACUCGGUCUGAGCCACGCCAUGCUCCAGGUGAACUGUAAUCGGAUCCCGCUGUAGCUGGAAUGUUCACCCUUUCAGAAGUAGCAUCACUUAAUGACAUACAGCCCACUUACCGGAUUCUGAAACCAUGGUGGGACGUGUUUAUGGAUUAUUUGGCGGUGGUCAUGCUCAUGGUUGCCAUCUUUGCUGGCACCAUGCAAAUAACCAAAGAUCAGGUUGUUUGCUUACCAAAGUUAGAAUCCGCAGUAUGUUUAACACCUCCAGCAAGCAGAGAUGGAGAGAACAAACCGCAAGGGUCUUCUCAACUUGAAACUACUACAGAGUCUGGUAAAGAAUGGCUAAGUACCUCACCUAAACUUGAGACACAUUUGAGAACACAAACGGACACUUUGAUUAAUCCAACUCCUUUAAUUCCGGAUCUUAAUAAAAUGGCAAGCAGCCCUGGAGGAAGAAAAACAAAUCUGGAUUAUCAACAAUAUGUAUUCAUCAACCAAAUGUGCUAUCACGUGGCACUUCCAUGGUACUCCAAAUAUUUCCCAUACCUUGCACUUAUUCAUACGAUUAUAUUAAUGGUCAGCAGCAACUUCUGGUUCAAAUAUCCAAAGACUUGCUCAAAAAUUGAACAUUUCGUCUCCAUACUUGGAAAGUGCUUUGAAUCUCCUUGGACAACAAAAGCUCUGUCCGAGACCGCAUGCGAGGACUCGGAAGAAAAUAAACAGAGGCUAACCAGUGCUCAAUCACUCCGAAAACAUCUCUCAAAUAGCAGUGAAGAGGGAAGUCCAAGCCCCAGUACUCCAAUGAUCAGUAAAUCUGGAUUAAAGUUCUCGGCAGACAAACCAGUGGGAGAGGUGCCUGGAAUGACCAUCUUAGACAAAAAGGAUGGAGAGCAAGCAAAAGCCCUUUUUGAAAAAGUUCGGAAAUUUCGUACUCAUGUUGAAGACAGUGAUUUAAUUUAUAAACUUUAUGUAGUCCAAACAGCGGUCAAGACAGUGAAGUUUAUCUUCAUUCUGUGUUACACCUUGACUUUUGUAACUGCAAUUAGUUUCAAACAUGUUUGCACCCCAAAUGUGGAGCACCUUACGGGAUAUACAGACUUUGAAUGCACUCAUAACAUGGCUUUUAUGCUAAAAAAGCUUCUCAUCAGCUACAUUGCCCUCAUUUGUGUUUAUGGCUUUGUCUGUGUAUAUACCUUGUUUUGGCUUUUUAGACGACCUUUGAAGGAAUAUUCAUUUGAAAAAGUGAGAGAGGAAAGUAGUUUCAGUGACAUUCCAGAUGUUAAAAAUGAUUUUGCAUUUCUUCUACAUAUGGUGGACCAAUACGAUCAGCUAUACUCCAAGCGCUUUGGUGUCUUCUUGUCUGAAGUUAGUGAAAACAAAUUGCGUGCGAUUAGUCUGAACCACGAGUGGACCUUUGAAAAACUUAGGCAGCACAUUUCUCGCAACGCGCAGGACAAACAGGAGCUACAUCUGUUCAUGCUUUCUGGAGUACCCGAUGCUGUGUUUGAGCUUACUGAUCUUGAGGUUCUAAGACUUGAACUUAUUCCAGAGGCUAAAAUCCCUGCAAAAAUUUCUCAAAUGACUGCUCUUCAAGAGCUGCAUCUUUACCACUGUCCUGCAAAGGUCGAACAGACUGCCUUUAGCUUUCUAAGAGACAACUUGAAGUGCCUGCACGUGAAAUUUACUGAUGUGGCUGAAAUACCCGCCUGGGUCUAUUUGCUCAAAAAUCUACGGGAGUUAUACUUGAUGGGUAAUUUAAACUCUGAGAAUAAUAAAAUGAUUGGAUUGGACUCUUUGAGAGAGUUAAGACAUCUAAAGGUUCUCUAUGUGAAGAGCAAUUUGACCAAAAUUCCAUCAAACGUCACAGAUGUGGCUCCUCAUCUGACCAAGCUUGUCAUUCACAACGAUGGCACCAAGCUUGUUGUUCUAAAUAGCCUUAAGAAGAUGAUGAAUGUUGCAGAGUUGGAGCUCCACAAUUGUGAAUUAGAGAGAAUCCCUCAUGCUAUAUUCAGUCUGAGCAACCUGCAAGAGCUGGAUCUUAAGCUGAACAGCAUCCGUACCAUAGAAGAGGUGAUAAGUUUUCAGCACUUAAAACGGCUGACUUGUUUGAAGCUGUGGCACAAUAAAAUAGUCAGCAUUCCUCAGUCCAUUUCGCAAGUGAAAAAUUUGGAGUCCCUGUAUUUAUCGAACAACAAACUCGAGGUGCUCCCCGUAGCUCUCUUCCACUUGCAGAAACUGCGGCAUCUGGAUGUGAGCUACAAUUGUAUUUGUGCGAUUCCUCUCGAGAUUGGCUUACUUCAGAACCUUCAGUACUUGUACGUUACAGGGAAUAAAGUGGACAUCUUGCCAAAGACACUAUUUAAAUGCAUCAAGCUAAGAACUUUAUGCUUGGGUCAGAACUGUAUUACAGCAUUACCAGAGAAGAUAGGACAUUUAGUACAACUGACGCAUCUAGAGUUAAAAGGAAAUUGCCUAGAUCGCUUGCCUUCUCAAAUCAUUUACUGCCGUCUCCUCAAGAAAACCGGGCUUGUGGUCGAAGACCAUCUUUUUGAUGCAUUACCAUCGGAGGUGAAGGAUGCAUUAAACCUAGACACCAAUGCAUCUUUUGCUAAUGGGGUUAUUUAAGGCUAUGUACAGAGCAGAGAUUUUGACAGAUAUAUAUUUUUUUUUUUUUGUCCAAGUGCAAGACUUAUAAAGUGUUUUGCUGAAAAAAAUGGGGCAAUCUACUUUGCUCAAAACAAGUAAACGUUUUUUUUUUGGACAGUAUCAGUUCACUUACAGAGUUUCCGUUGUUCAAUAGCAAAGCAAAUAAUUGUCUUAAUCGAUGCAGGUAUAUUCCCGUAAUUCAAUCAAUUUAUAUAUUUUGCAGAUAUUAGAAAAUAAAAAGGUUUUUUUGUUUUCUUAUGUGAUCUGAACAUAUUCCUAUCUGGAUGUUUACGACUUACCUGUAUGCCUACAUGUUUAUAGAUCAGAUGCCUAUUAAAUCUUUAGUUAUAAA